UGGCGGAACUCUUCUGCUUUAACUGUUUCCCACCGACGACAUUCGUUGACGGACCAAUAAAUGCGUCCACUGGUAAAUUGUGGUCGUACAAACAAAAUAUAUUUGUUUUGCAAGGUUUAUGGACUAUCUAUAAUUAUUUUUCCCUCCGCUCUUGUACGUAACCUACCUUGACGUUGGAGUCAAGAUCCAAGAAACAACUACAAUAUCAUGGCAUCACUGGGGAGCAGCAGUUCUUCAACCACUGAGUACACUGUGCGAGUCCCUAAAAAUACCAACAAGAAGUACAACAUAAUGGCUUUCAAUGCCGGAGACAAAGUCAAUUGUUCCGGAUGGACGCAUGCUCGCAUGGAGAGGGACAUGAGUGCUCGGAAGAUUUACGGUGAAGAGGACACAUCUGAGGGAGCAGCCGGCAGUGAGUUUGGCAAAAAGCAACGCGAGGAGGCACGUAGAAAGAAAUUCGGCAUUGUGACGCGCGAGUUCAAAGUAGAAGACCAGCCCUGGAUCCUGAAAGUCAAUGGCAAGGCCGGCAAGAGGUUUAAAGGUCUGAAGAAGGGUGGUGUCACAGAGAAUGCCUCCUACUACAUCUUCACACAGUGUCCUGAUGGGGCCUUUGAAGCCUUCCCGGUGCAUGGCUGGUACAACUUUACCCCGCAGGCUAAACACAGAACUCUCACUGCUGAGGAGGCCGAAGAGGAGUGGGGCAGAAGGAACAAGGUGGUGAAUCACUUCAGCAUCAUGCUUCAGAGGCGGCUACGCGAGCAGGAGCGUGGUGACGAUGACGACGAUGAGGGCGAGAAAUCGGGGAAGAAGAAAAAGAAAAGCGGCGGACGUGGAGGCGACCUGCGCAUCCAUGAUCUGGAAGAAGACUUGGAUAUGAGCAGCGACGACAGCGACAACAGUAUGGGCGAUGAUGGAGAAGCCAAGACGAAAACAAAGUCUGACACGGGUAAAGGAAAAGCAAAGAAGAAGAAAAAGAAGGGCAGUGACAAGGAGGCUUUGGAAGAUAGUGAUGAUGGUGACUAUGAAGGCCUUGAAGUGGAUUACAUGUCCGAUGAAAGCAGCAGUUCAGAAGAUGAACCAGAAAAAGGGAAGCCCCGCAAGGAAGACCUUCCUAAAGGCAUUGAUGAGGAUUCUGAAAGCGAGGAAGAGAGCGAGGAGGAAAAACAGAACGAGGAGGAAGCAAAGGAGGAGGAAGAGGAAGAGGAAGGGAAGAAAACACAGGCACAGACAGAAAAAAAGAAGAAAAAAGACAGUAGCGGAGAAUCAGACACCUCGGAUGACAGCGACAUCGAACGCGAGACAGCCUCUGCUUUGUUCAUGAAGAAACGCACACCACCAAAACGCGGAGGUGGGCGGGGCUCUGCAGGAAGCUCCAGGACUGGGAGCCGACCGGGGACACCAUCCAUUGACUCUGCCGCCACCUCCAACACACUCCGUGCUGCUGCAAGCAAGCUUGAGCAAGGAAAAAGACAGACUCAAGGUCCAGGCACUGACUCACCAGCUGCCAAAAGACUCAAGAUGGACCCCAGCUGCCAGAGUCCCGCUCCCUCUGGGAAAAGUACACCUCAACCCCCAUCAGGGAAAUCUACUCCUAGCUCCAGUGAUGUGCAGCUAACAGAAGAAGCGGUCCGCCGCUACCUUACCCGGAAACCGAUGACUACUAAAGACCUGUUGAAGAAGUUCCAGGUCAAGCGCACGGGCCUGAGCGCUGAUCAGACUGUCAACGUGCUUGGGCAGAUUCUGAAACGCCUCAAUCCAGAGCGUAAAAAUGUUAACGAUAAAAUGCACUUGUAUCUCUCGGAAUAAACAAGAACAUCCGGGAGAUGGAGGGCCAAUGAAGGAGUCGUUUUAAAGUGUUUCUUGCUGUGACAUAAUACCGGAUCUGAAAACAAUACAUGAAGUGUCAAGGGUGUACUGGUAAGACACUUUUUUUUCUCUAAGGUGAAAAAUCCUCACUAGGAACUAGUGUGUUCUCUUCAGUAUAUAUAUUUUUUUAAAUAUAUUGCUUGUAUGUAAGCCAUUUCUAUUUAGAAUCGCUUUAGACCUUACAAAUUACAAUUUAGGAUUCACUUUCUUUAAGGAUCUUCUAGAGGUGUACUGAACAUGUAAAUGAUGUGCUAACAUUAAACAACACUUAUUGACUCAA